ACACACACACACACACGCUCGUGUCCACCUCCUACUCCUUCGUGCAGCCUUGCCUGGUCGAGAGCGCGAGAGAAGAAGGAUGAAAAAGGAGUACAAAUAAAAGGCAAGAGUGUCUUAUUUGAAUUCCCAGCGAAUGGAGAAGGCGUCACACCGCAGGACGGAGGAGAGGAAGAGACGCAUCACCGGGACGGAGAGAGAGAGAGCGAGAAGGCUGAGGGAGGAGGAGGCAUAGGAGGCGACAACGGGUUAUAAACACGACGGGGAACGACGAGUUGGACGUCAGACAGCGGCGAUCAACCCCCCACCCACCAGCACUCGCUGCCGCCGCCACCUCCGGGUCUCUCCAUCUCCAUCCUCCCCUCGCUCCCUUUUUUUUUUGCGCACCGGAGCGGCUCCGUGUUUGAAUUGCUUUGUUGACAAACUGCAGAAUUAAACAGGAGGAGGAGGACGGGAUCCUCCGUGAAGAGAGAGAGGGAGGGAGAGGAAGAGAGAGAGAGAGAGAGAGGCUCCAGCAGUCGUCGGGACGAUCAUCGGCGCAUCUGAUGAAAAGAGGAGGAGGAGGAGGAGGUAGAGGAGGAGGUGAAGGAGAAGGCAAACACUACAAGAUGACUGAGUGAGGGGGAGACCGGUUAUUACCGAAUCACCAGCAUCACCAACGCGAUGGCAUAACGACUCCUGCACCAGACCCAGACCCAGACUCAGCGGAUCAGCUCUCAUCCACCAUGAACCUCUGAAAAUAUCUCACACAAGCACAGAUGGGCAGCAUCUUAAGCGAGGACGGAGGUCACAACAUUAGACUGGCAGGGACUGGUGAGCACAUUGGAAUAGUUUCUACAGUCAUGGCUUGGCUUAGAGCUACCGGCCCACCCACACGAUGCCUGAGGUUCCUGUGUUUGAUGAAAAUGCGGCGGCACAGAGUGUUCUUGCUCUGCACGGUGGGCCUGUGCGUCAUCUCCUUCCUCCACUACUACAAGGCCCUCCACUAUGUCUCCCUGCUGCGUGAGCUCUCCGCCCCGUACCCCAACAUCAAGUCCUUCAUCAUGGUCACGGGCUUCUUCUGGAGGGAGAAAGGCGUGGGCACCACCCCGCUCAGCCCGGCCUCCCCCGAAGAGGCGCCACCCUUACCUGUGCUCCGUCAGUCGGACACUAAAGGUAAAGUUUUGGGUGGAGGAGGGGACGGAGGAGGGAUGGGGCUUGGCGGGGUCGUAGUUGGAGGUCCUGGGAUUGUUGGCAGAGCGGGACUGGAGAUCAGGCUGAGGGAGGAACCUGCACCUCCUCACCCCUGGGAGGAACCAAAAGAGAACCAGCGGGGAGACUCUCCAAACCAGGAGAGAGCACCCAGCCAUCACACUCAAGCUGCCGGGCUAGAUCUCCCACAGAUCCUAAAGGAAGGAAGCCAACACAAGGCGGUGUUCCUCAAAGAUCAGCUGCAGGAACCUUUGGAACUCGUGGGAGAUCUUUCCACGCGCACAUACCAGCUACAAGACGACAAAACCCCUUACUUUGUCCGAACCAAAGCUGGAGCUCUUUGCUUCAGGCAGGGGACAGAGGUCGCGACCCCAAAGGAGUACUCUGCAAGAUCGGGGAGCAUUGUCGCCAAUGGAGUUGGGGAAGGUUCUCGGGUUGGGCAACGGAAAGCUCUGGAGGUGCAGCAGCCGUCCACUAUAGCGCCAAAAGCCAAGAUGAGGCCCAGAGGCAAUGGGAAGCGGUUGGUCAAGUGCGUGUGUCGGCCGGGAUGGCACGGACCUUACUGUGGAGUGCCCACCAUGGUGUAUCACUCCAACCUGCCAACCAAGGAGAGGCUGACGCCAAGAGAGACGCCACGGAGGGUGAUCAACGCCAUCAACGUCAACCACGAGUUUGACCUGCUGCACGCGCGCUUUCACGAGCUUUCCCAAGCCGUCGACGUGUUCCUCAUAUGUGAAUCCAACUUCACUGCCUACGGAGAGAAGCGGCCUUUGAGUUUUCUGCAGCGACUCCUCAAUGGUACGUAUGACUACAUACGUCACAAGAUCCUCUACGUGUUCCUCAACCACUUCCCAGAAGGCGGGCGGCAGGACGGCUGGAUCGCCGACGACUACUUGCGCACCUUCUUGACACGCAACGGUAUGUCCAGGCUGGUCGGCAUCAGGCCGGACGACGUGUUCGUCAUCAACGACGCUGACGAAAUCCCGGCACACGAGGGCCUCCUCUUCCUCAAGCUGUACGACGGCUGGACAGAACCGUUUGCCAUCCACAUGCGAAAGUCGCUGUACGGAUUUUUCUGGAAGCAGUUCGGCUCUCUGGAGGUGGUUUCCGGCUGCACGGUGAGGAUGCUGCGCGAACUCUACGACAGCGACGGCAUCAAGCUGCGCCGGCGCGAGUACUACACCAUGCCGGGUUUCCGCAAGUACGAGAACGACACGGGCCACAUCCUGGUGCAGUGGUCAGUGGGCAGCCCCUUCCACUUUGCCGGCUGGCACUGCUCCUGGUGCUUCACUCCGGAGGGGAUCCACUUCAAGCUGGUGUCGGCGCAGAACGGAGAUUUCCCACGUUGGGGGGACUAUGAGGACAAGCGGGACCUCAACUACAUCCGCGAUCUGAUCCGGACGGGGGGCUGGUUCGACGGCUCCCUGCAAGAAUACCCUCCCGUGGACCCCAAAGAGCACAUGUACGCGCCCAAGUACAUGCUGGAGCACUACGACAGAUUCCGCUACCUCCUCGAGAACCCGUACAGCAGAGCGUCCAGACUGAGCGAGCACUAGGAGGAGCCCGCUGGGCCAAAAAAAAACAAAACAUGUGAAAUAACCAGAUGGGGGUGCCCCCCACUUGAGGCCUCUCAGCACUAAGUUGCGGUGUGAGCAGAAUGGUACUGAUGAACUCUCUCAUUGGACAGAUACUGCUCCAGGUAUCUCCACCAGGCAGCACUGAUGUUGCAGGGAUUUAAAAUCUCCUCGAAAUCUUUUUUUGUUGGAUCAUAAAGGGAACACUGAAUCACAUCCACCAUGGAUUUAUGGAGAACACAUAUAUAGGAUACAAUCACUGGAUUAAACACAAUUAUAGAUUUCCUCAUUCCUCUCCUUUUUAGGGGGCAGGGAGUCAAGCUAUCUCUCUUUUUGUCACCCCGGCACUGUUCCCCCUCUCGCCUUGUCUCUUCCAUCACCCCGCCCACCCACCCACCACCACCCAAUCUGAUUGAAAUCGCCCGCCGUAUAAGAGAAAAAGGGGCGUUUUGGAACCUGUGGAGCGGAGUAACUUAAGAGUUUUGUUUUAUUUCCUGUCUCGUGUUUACUAAAGUUUACGAACUUCACUCUCUCCACCUUCAGAUGUCUUCCUGUCAUACUCGGUGACCUCAUUCCAGACACAGGCGAGCGCUCGGUAAUUAUCUUCGUCGCGGGACUCAGUAGAAAAUUUAAAAACGCCGUAUUUAAAUAAAACAAAAACAAAAACCCUGAUGGAUUUCCCGCUUCGCCAGAGGAUAGUUGGUGUUGUGACUCCUCCGUGGGGAUGCAAUGAGCUCGGGCACAUUCAUGUAUUCAUACAUACACAUGCACCUUAGACCAGCCUGAGUGUUUGUGUGUGUGUGUGUCAUUACUGUGAGGUAUUGGGUUGUGAAGGAGGGGAAGAAGAAAGCCAGUCAGGGGAAAUAAAUAGUGAAUCGGAAGCAUCGGGGAGGGAUAAGGAAGAAUGUGAGAUGAGGAAAAACUGUGCAAGAGUCGGCGCGGGAAAGAAAGGAGGAUAAUGAGGGAGGAAGAGAGCGUGGAUGAAAAGGAGACGCUCUCGACGUUCCCUUCCCCACGGCGUCUGCUGAUGCAUGAGGGAUGUUGCAGCAUUGAGUGUUUGUGUGUGUGUGUGUGUGUGUGUGUGUGUGUGUGUGUGUUCCCUCAGUGCUUACAGAUAGCGCUGAAUAAAUAAUACCCCGUCAAUGUCAUGUGAGACACACGACACUCGCUGCGGAGAAGUUUCGGCCUUCAGUUUUGUCUCGGUUCUUGUUUUUUGCAGCUUUGUCGCCGUUAAGAAAACAUAUGUUGUUUCACGGCUACAGUUUUGUCUCACUGUCUGUCUGGAAGCUGGAAUGACUUUGUUUCCUUGGAAACUAAAGUAUAGUUAGAGACGGAUGGGGUUCAGGUGUGAAGCUGCAGCUUUUAGAUAAGGUCAAUCCUGACUUUUUCCCCCUGUCGAUUUUCCUCAUUUUGUCCCGCGUGUGCUUGUUUGCUCUUAAUUCUCCUGUCUUCAGUUUGUCUUUUUUCACACAUUCUUUCUCUCCACUACUUUGGAUUUUCUCAUCCUUCACUACACACACACACAUAUAGAAACACUGGCUCUCACACUCCACUUUGGGUGUGUGUCUAUUUCCACUUAAUCCCCACAAGAAUUUCCACCCCCAUUUCAACAAAAAGGGGGUGUUUUUUUAUCCUCACUCCUGCCUCGUUUCUCUCCCCUCCGUCACUGUAGGACAGGGCUGCCGUCGCCAUGGCAAUGCCCACAGAUCACUAUUGUCUGACCAUUUAGGCAUGAGCACUCCUGCCUUUUGUCUUCGCCCUGUCGUUAAAAAAAAAAAGAAAGGCGGCAGUCGAUGUGGCUGGAAACACCCGGAACUGUCCAUGAUUUGGCAAUCGUGUGUGUGUGCGUGGGGGGAGCACGGUUGCAUUCCUGUCAAGGGCAAGGAAAUCACAGCAGCAAUAUUUCCAGUGAACACACAGCAGAUAAGUGCUGAUCAGAAGCAGUAAACACGAGGAUGUCUUCUUUAACGUCUGUCCGGGCCUCACAGAGUCCGCUGACCGUGGACGCUGUGGAGACACAACACAGCGCCGCGUCGACGUCGUAACAACCGCGCGUCAGGAUUGAAGCAGUACUUAAAAUGAGCAGAUCUGGCGUCGGCGUUGGUGCGCCUCGGUCCGUGGCCACGGGGGCUUAUGGUGGGAAAAUCAGAUAAGCCCAACAGGCAGGCGACAGUUGCGCCGGGUCUGCACUGCUGCCUCGGUGCCAGUGCAGUCUGCUAACGGCAGCUGUCGGGGGGGUUUCGGUUCUGGUGCUCAGAGCCAAAGUCCAAACCCAGAUGGGGCGUCGACAGAAGGAGGCGCGAGCAGGAUGUGGCGCUUUGUUGUUGUUCCUUUCCUUCUGAAAGGGUAAUCAUUGAUAAAUAAUCAGAAAAUGGGAUGGAGGCGGUUUUAGUCGUGGGUUAAAGCCGCAGUUUUCUGGAGACACUCCUACUUCAUACGUGACCUUUGACCCUAUGAGAGGCUCAGACCUGUUGCUGUGGCGUUUGUACAAGACUGGAAACUGAGACGAGGAGGUGCUUUUACAUCAUAAUUAUGGAAUUAUUGAUCAAUAUCUGUUAAAAAACACCUUUUCCAGCUUUCACACAUUAAAACUGUAUUUUAGAGCGUUUCAGAGUGUUGAAGAACACGUAUCUGCUGUCUAAGCUGAUACUAAUCGAUUCCCAAACUUAACACCUGGAGUUCACAGUUUGAUCGAUGAAAGGAAAACACUUAAGUCUACUUCCCUCUGACUUUGAGGCCCUGCAACGGCUUCCGCGCUCUCCUUUUGUCCGUCAGUCAGAUGAAAAAUGAACACAUCCGCUCCUCUUGAGGCCGAUGCUUUUAUAGCCAAACAUAAUCUUGGAGUCCCGACCGCGGGGGCGCGAGUUCAGUCCCAUCAAGAGUCAGGGUGUGUGUUUCUGUUUUCACUCUGCCAAGAGGCGUUUAUCUCCAGUUUACUUCCAGCGCUCAGCUGCUGCAGUCAGCCUGCACAUCUGGUCAUUCAGCAUGUGUGUGUGUGUCGGUAUACAUGUGGUACACACUAAAACUCAGUGUGUGUGUGUGUGUGUGUGUGUUAUUGAGAGACCAAGAGAGAGAGGGAGGAAGACUGACUCGUGCCAGAUAAGGGUGUCUGGCUCGCUGAAAGACGACUCAGGGUUACUUCACUCGGGCCUGUUGCCACGUUAUCGCCAUGGCAACCGUCCUCUGGAUGAAUUCCUGAGAUCCCUAACAGUGUGAGGUCAUCCACCGACAUAGCAGAUGCGGGACGAGCGCUGUCGGACGACACGGGGGCAGCGCGAUGGCAGGAAUGACCACAAUAGUGAAGCACAGCUGUGUGAGCACAUGCCAGGAGUGAAACAUGAAUGAGAGACAUUUCUUUCUUUCUUUGGCCUGAAAAGAGCAGAAAACACGGACUCGCUGCGUGAAGGUGAAGAGGAGCUCGCCCGAACACAUCGCGCCGAUGAAAAGCGAAAGCGAGGCUGUGAUGUUGACACAUUGACGCGGCGUUUGUGCCACCUCGCCGGGCCUGACGCCGUCGUGGGAGGAAGAGGAAGUGGAGAGCAUUGUCUUCCUCAAGGACACUACAGCGGUUUGUGUGGCCGCACUUAAAGCUGCAGCCGCGGUGCCCGGCGCCUGAUCAUUCACAGAAUCAGUAAGGCCAUAACGUGGCUUAUUAGCCCGUUAUUACCUUUUCGCUUUGAUCGAGUAAAACCAGCCUUCAGGUCACUGCAACGGAAAGUAGAAUGCAUGGAUGAAUCCGGAGCUGUCACUGAGGCGGAGGUUUGGAGUUGUAUUACAAGAUCAUUGUUGAUAUUUUCAACAGGAAAUAAAGCAGGAGUGGUGUUUUGUGAAGAAUAUUGACACCAAACAGGUGGUUGUUCCCUGACCUGUUUUGUUGGGAGAGUUUAUUGGUGAAGAUAAUAUCCGUCAGUGGAUUAUGACUUAAGAAUUAAGCUAUGAUUUUGUUUUGUCAACGUCCAAAAACCUCAGUGUGGUCUCACAGACGUCACACAUUCUUACACACUGGGCCCUUCAAUGCCACGUUUUGUCUUCGUACAGUAGAAAUGCCCUAAUAUUUAAAUACCAGAAGGAUUAAAGGGUCACUGCAGUGAUUCAGUAUAAACGCCAGGCCGCCCCGCGAGAGACGGAUGUGACAAAUAAUGGCUGAAAUUGGUGUCGCAGAGGCCGAAGACGUCCUGCAGGAAAAAGCUGCCUAGCAGGGAGUUACACAACAAGGCUGUGUUUAUAAUAACCAGCACUUUUAAACUGAACGUUAUGUGUUAAAGAAAAAAAAAAAUCACCUUUGAAGUGAAGCAAUUUAGCUAAAAUGAUCAUUAUCAGCCUCGGAGUCCCUUCACCUCACCCGCACGUGUGCGAAUCAUGUACAGAUGUGUUCCUGCAGGGUCGUGUUUCCACCGCCAUUAGCCCCGCCCCCUCCCCCCCCAUCUGCUGCUGUGCUUGGAGAACAGCUGACUGGCUGCCUCACAUGCCUCCGCAGCUCUGGCAAAGCGCCACCAAAGCUGUGGCUUCUACCAAUUGAUCUUUUCCAAGAAACGUUAGCAGCGCGCAGGAAAUCGGGGAGAGAGAGGAGGGUGCGGGGGAUUGCAGGCGUCAAUAAAAAGGGUCACUUCUUUAACUCUGCUGCUGUUUUCAAUUAUUUUGGUUAUUUAAUUUCCUUUUUUUCUUAGUGUUGACCCACCGGCUCAUAUUCUGAAGUUUCUGGGUAAUAUUUAUGGAUCGAACGUUGCGUCACAAUCGCGCGGAACAUUGUUUUUUUUCCCUCCUCCUUCAAGCCGUCGAAAGCGUCCGCAUUCCACAAACUCCCAACAGCUGCAGCGAUGUGUCACCAGUGAAUCUGAGUGUGGUGUCACUAAGCACAACCUACUUUUUUUGUUUGAUUGUUUGGUUUCAAACACCUUCCCAAAAUGUUAAAAAAAAAGGACACUUCACUCAAAUCAUCCUGCUGUCAUGGCACGUGUUGUGCUUUUUUUAUGUGAAUGAAAAAACUAAAAAUGAUAUGCAGAGACAAACAACCCACAGUUAAAGGAGAUAAAUGUGUUGUUGUUUUUUGAAGCCUGAAACUCAACAUGUGAAGUCUGUUUGUAAAUCAGGAGUCAACACACACGUCUGAAUGUGUGCGUGAGCAGAUUGUUGGCUCGGGGCUGGGUGUGGGACCAGUUUGGUCCAGGAGUCCAUAUGUUGUGACGCCGCAGAGGAACAAAAAGAUGAAAGUCAGUGUUGCACGGCCGAGGCAGAUGGAAGCGGUGUCGCAUAAACGGGUCGGACACCUGGCCGCCGAUCAGAUGUCACCAGAAUGUGGAGGGAAGGGACGAGCAUGAAUGGGCUGUUGUGGCGGUUUCUUAUGGUUAGAGGUCAGUUUCGGACAUGAGCUCCAACACUUAUCCUCUGACGGUGGAGCCAAUGCCAGCUGACAUUAGAGGAGGACACUUGACUGUCACGGGGUCAACGUGGAUUUACAUUCACGCCAAGCUCUAAACCCACUUCUCAUUUUUACCCUUUGGCCCUUUUCCAUCUUGCGAGUGAGUUACAAAGUGUAAAGGUGGGACAACAGAAUGGGACGCACCAUUAAGAAUUUACCUUGCGUAUCAGAGUAGAGUGGUAUGGUAAAGAUCUAGCUCCACCCACGACCGUCAGCUGAUUGGGUGACAGAGGAAAGUCGCUCCCGCCCUUCAGUCUAUUCUCAUACAAAGCUUCAUGUUUCUCGUUGAGACAAACACGGCGUGAAUCUGUUGACAAUGUUCGUUGAAGACGCUCGUUGACAAUGUUCGUUGAAGACGCUUGUUGACAACUUUUGUUGAAGACGUCCGUUGUGGACGUUCGUUGUGG